UCACUUUUCUUCUUCCUCUUUCUUAUUUUUGCCAUUAAUAACACAGAAAAACCAUGUGCCAAUCCCCUACUCCCCUUCCCAAAUCCUCCUCAGCAGACCACCACCCUUCUCCUCCAAGCCAAUUGCGGUUUCCAAUCUCCAAACUCUUCAUCGACGCCACCACUUCGAGCAGCGAUGAGGCCCCCUUCUUCAACCCCAAGCUCCAAACUUUCUUUCCCCCUUCCCCUUUCCCCGAAGCAAAAUCCCUUCUUUCUCUUUCUCUCCCCCUUGUCCUUACCUCUCUUCUGCUCUACUCGCGUUCCAUGAUCUCCAUGCUCUUCCUCGGCCGCCUCGGGCCGCUCCCUCUCGCCGGCGGCUCGCUGGCCAUCGGCUUCGCCAACAUCACAGGCUACUCCGUCCUCUCCGGUCUCGCCACCGGAAUGGAUCCCAUCUGCACUCAAUCCCACGGCGCUGGUCGUCCCCACCUCCUCUCCAACGCCCUCCGCCGCACCGUCCUCCUCCUCCUCUUCGCCUCUGUCCCCAUCUCUUUCCUCUGGCUCUCAAUCCGUCCCCUGCUUCUCAUCACCAAACAGGACCCUUCUCUCGCCUCCGCCGCCCACUCCUUCAUCAUCUUCUCCCUCCCCGACCUCAUCCUCCAAUCCUUCCUCCACCCAAUUCGGAUAUUCCUCCGCUCCCAAUCCAUCACACUCCCCCUCACCGCCUCCGCCGCCUUCGCCGCCGCCCUCCAUUUCCCCAUCAGUCUUCUCCUCGUCUCCUAUCUAAACCUCGGCGUCCCCGGCGUCGCCCUUUCAUCCGUGCUCACUAACUCCAUUGUCGUCCUUCUUCUCAUCCUCUACCUCCGCUUUUCCCAUCUCGUUACCUCCCUCACCAACGAAGAAGACAAAGACGAUAGCGGAUGGCGGUCGCUCAUCUCCCUCGCUAUCCCCAGCUGCUUCUCCAUCUGCUUAGAAUGGUGGUGGUACGAAAUCAUGGUCCUCUUAUGCGGUAUCCUCCUCCACCCACAACCCACCGUUGCUUCCAUGGGCGUCCUCAUUCAAACCACCUCUUUAAUCUACAUUUUCCCCCACUCCCUCAGCGCGGCCGUCUCGACCCGCGUGGGCAACGAGCUCGGAGCAAACCGGCCCAACAAGGCCCGACGGGCUGCCCGGGUCGGGCUCGCCUGCGGCGGGUUGCUUGGUCUGACCGCAUUCUUGUUUGCAUUCUCCGUGCGGAACACAUGGGCCAAAAUUUUCACCGCCGACGCGGAGAUUGUGCGGCUCACCGCAUCGGUUUUGCCGAUUUUGGGAUUAUGCGAGCUCGGAAAUUGCCCGCAGACGACGGGGUGUGGUGUGCUGCGGGGGAGCGCCCGGCCGCGCGUCGGCGCGAAUAUAAAUCUCGGAUCCUUUUAUGGGGUCGGUAUGCCCGUGGCCAUCGGGUUGGCGUUUUGGGCCGGGUUGGACUUCAAGGGACUUUGGCUUGGGUUGCUUUCGGCGCAGGGUACGUGUCUUCUUCUCAUGCUCGUUGUUAUUGACCGCACGAAUUGGGACAGGCAGGCGGCGCGGGCCAAGGGGUUGACCGGCGGAGCUGAGGUGACGUUGGGUGAAAUGGAAGAGACGGUGGCGGAGGAGAAUAUCAAACUGAUUAAUGUUAAGAUUGAGCAGUGUAAGCAAGUGGUUUGAUCUGCUCCCUUCUUCAUGCGAUACCAGCCGGAGAUCUAAAAGAAAAAGAUCAGUUUUUUGUUCUUCUUCUUAAAAUAAUAUUUUCAUAUGAAAGGAAAAUAUAUUCAGGAAUGUUUUUGGAGAAUUUUG